AGUUAGAUUUCUAGAGUUCAUGCGGCUACUUCCAUUGGUAUUACUUUUCCCAGUUGCAUAUUCUUUGAUAUGCAAGGACAUAACUAUAGGAACAGCUAAUGGUACUUCGUUCAAUUUCAAAAAUGAUUUACAAUGUCCGGAUAGCACAAAAUGGUGUAUGAGCAUUAACGGCUCAGUCUCCCUUCCUGGUUUUUCUGUGGAGGGAAAUAUGGGAAAUUGUGAGACUAAUGGAUUUGUUGGAGCACUAGUCAAAGCCGCAGCACCUUUGAUGGACAUUACAUGCAAGACAAAAGGCUGCAUCGAUUAUCGGCCACAUUUAAAUAUCACUCAAUGUUGCUGCGAUACAGACUUUUGUAAUCUUGGUUCCACCUCCAUUACUGGACUCUUUAUAAUGGUUUUAUCAGCUUUAUUCUUGCUCAGCUUAUAAAACAUUAGGAGAAAAAUUCUUCUCUUUUGUUCUGUUUUAAAUCAGUAAAUGCUUGUUGUUGAGUAUUUUUUAGCUAUGCCUUGCCAUGACAUUGUUUCACUGCCUGUUGCUUAGAAGUUUGCAGAAUUGUUUCGAUGUAUUUUUGCGAUGCAUCUCAUAUUUUUGCUACUUUUCUUCCCAAUGAUUAUGAUCUACCUAGCAAAAAUAAAUCUUUGCAAUAUUUUCC